AUAUGAAGUAAUAGAAGGAUCCAAUAUUGUAACUGCUACAUAUAAUUUAGCAGGCACAUAUUUGGCAAACAUUGAACCUAAUCGAAAUCAAGGAAAAAAUAAAAAUUUAGUUGUUGAAAGUAAUGUAAAAACAAAACCAUAUAUAGAAACUAUUACUGAAAUUUCUAAACAUAAUUACUGGCAAUGGCUAAUUGCAGGUUCAUUGGCAGGUUAUAUUGUGGCACAUCUCUUGUCUCAUUUCAGAACUCUAGCUCAUUUUUCUUCUGCUGCAAUUACUAGCUUGUGCAAUGAAAAACUUCAUUAUUCAGAACCAAAAGUCUCAACAUAUACUGAAUCACAAUUAAAUUGGACAAUGGCUUUACCAAAACCUCAAGAUAAGGAAAAUAUAAAAUAUAUAACUUAUAUCAAUAUUCAUGCAAAUUUUAUAAUGAUCUGGAGUGUAAGAUGGACAUUGCAUGAAAAUUUUGCAUAUGAUAAACAAGAUAGGAGUAAGCAAAUGUCAGAUGCAGUUAAAAAAAUGCUUGAACAAAUGUUCUUGCAAGAAAAUAUUUAUGCUAAGAACCAGAUGACAGCUACUGAUAUAUAUAAUAAAUUGAAAGAAUUUGCAAAUAAUAGUGAGUUAGAGCAAGAUAAAAUGCCAAAAGUCUUAACAAUCCAAAGAUGGAUAUCACAAUACCAUAAAAUGUUUUUGGAGCAGGCUACAAGAACUGCAUUAGACUCUAAUUUGGAUAAUAGUCUUUUAACAGAUAGUACAUAA